AUGGCCAUUUUUACCUUUCAUUUUCUUUAUAGAUUAUUUAUGAGUUCUAGCUCCGAGAGUUCUUCUAGUGAGAGCAGUCUUCCUACCACAUCAUGUAGCGGUAGUACAUCACAUGGCUCAGUUUCAGCUGGUCCUAGCUCAAGUCAAGCCACACAAAAGCAGACAAGGGGUCCCACAUAUGUACAUGGUCAAUGGGGUACUUCAGAUGAUGGCAUUUUAAAACUUGUUUCAAAUGAGUUGAAUCAAGUAGUUGAAGGAUACACACCCCUUGCUUCACAUUUGGGCGUUCUGGCACGAGAUGGGAGUCUUGCACCACUCACUUUUACGACUUGGCAUUAUGUCCCACAGCAAAAUAAAGAUAACAUAUGGAGGGAGAUAAAGGCUCAUACGAAUGCAGAUGAUUCCAUGAAGAGAACAAUAAUGACUUCAUUUAGGAAGAAAUGAAGAGAUUGGAAAAGUCGCGUGAAAAAUAUGGGAUACACACCCUUCAAGAAUGAUUCAGAAAGGUUGGCUCAUCGACCGGAUAGAGUACAUGAGGAUCAGUGGCGGGCCUUGGUCUACCACUGGGGCACUCAGAGUGCAUCGAAAUCAAGUAAGAAGAAUAGAAAAAUUCGGAAGAAGAAGACACUGCAUCAUCGAACAGGCCGAAAGCCUUUCUCAAUAGUUCGAGUGGAGG